CCUCGCCCUUCUGCGGACCAGUAGUCUGGCCGGAGCCGUGCGUCCGCAGGCAGUGAACGCUCCUUGGCCCGGCCUUAGUAUAGGUCGUGUAGAGUGUCGCCUGUGAGCGGGGCCCUGGUCCCUUGGCGAGCCCUUGCAUUUUUUUAGGAUCCUGCGGACCCCUUGGGAAAAAGGCUUCUAAAUUUUACCUCAAAAAAAAAAAUUUUUUUUCCCCCCAACAAUUAUUUUUUAGUGGUUUCCGCCCCAAGGAAAGUCUUUUCUGGCAAGCAGUCCCCUAGGAAAUAUUUAUUUUUUAGUGUUUGGAGUGGUUUGCGAGGGAUUGGUAAUCACAGCAGGAGAAGCUAAGCUCAGACAUAGUGUGCCGUACAGUGUAUUUAACAUAUUAAGAUAGUGGUUACAUAAUAAGCCAAGGAGUCUGUUUCUUAUGUCUACAUUAUUUCUUGGGAACAUAGGACAAGUAAAGAGUGCACCUAUGAUGUAUGUUUUAGAAAUAGAUGUUAAACUUUGGUACGAAUGAAAAAUGUCUCUCAAUCCACCUAUAUUUCUCAAGGAAAAGGAAGAAAAUAAUUCAAAAUUUGUGGAAAUACAACAGUCACAAACUACUUCUAUAGCUGUGGAAGAUCCUCUUCAAAACUUAUGCUUAGCAUCUCAAGAAGUUCUUCAAAAAGCUCAGCAAAGUGGAAGAUCAAAAUGUCUCAAAUGUGGUGGUUCAAGAAUGUUCUAUUGCUAUACAUGUUAUGUCCCAGUUGAAAAUGUACCUGUUGAGCAGAUGCCACUUGUGAAGCUUCCACUGAAGAUUGACAUCAUUAAACAUCCAAAUGAAACAGAUGGCAAAAGUACUGCUGUACAUGCAAAACUAUUAGCACCCGAAUUUGUAAACAUUUACACGUAUCCUUGUAUUCCAGAAUACGAAGAAAAGGACCAUGAAGUUGCACUGGUUUUUCCUGGACCUAAGUCUAUUUCAAUAAAAGAUCUUUCUUUUCAUCUGCAAAAAAGAAUUCAAAAUAAUGUUAGAGACAAAAAUGGUGACCCCGACAAGCCAUCUAUUAAACGCAAGAAAACUGAAGAACAGGAUUUAAAUGACAGCAAGAGCCAAGAUGCAUCACUGAAAAAAAUUAUAUUUAUCGAUAGCACCUGGAACCAAACAAACAAAAUAUUCACUGAUGAGAGACUCCAAGGACUGUUACAAGUUGAGUUGAAAACAAGAAAAACUUGCUUUUGGCGCCAUCAAAAAGGAAAGCCAGACACCUUCCUUUCCACAAUUGAAGCCAUUUACUACUUUCUGGUAGACUACCAUACUGAUAUAUUAAAAGAGAAAUACCAAGGACAAUAUGACAAUCUCUUAUUUUUCUACUCUUUUAUGUACCAGCUGAUAAAGAAUGCCAAAUGCUCUGGAGACAAGGAAACAAGAAAACUUAUCCAUUAGUUUUUAAAAAGCUACUUAUGUCAUUUUAUUUUGCUAAAAAUCAAUAAACUUAUACUUGUGCUUUGUUUA